CACUUGGCAACUGUUAAUAACUUGGCUAAACCUUUAAUAAAGUAACAGUAUUAAAAAUUAAAACAUCGAGGGGUAAAUUUGUAACUUCAUAGGAUAGAGAAAAUUUGAUUGGAUCGAAACCUUAUCCACAAAAUCCAUUAUAAAUUGGCGUUACCCAUUUCUAGACUUUCUUGCCAACUCCAUUGCCAACUACCCAAUCAUCAUCAUUCUUCUUCCUAUUUCAUUUUUCUCAACCAAUUUUUCCUAACCCGAAAAAUAAUAAUUAUAAAAUACAAUUUGAUCCGAACAAAAAUAAAAAUGGCGAGUACGAAGAGUUACAUGAUGGCAAGAAGAGCGAGCAACUACCGUUUCCUAAGCAACGAUCCGAUCCAACCAUCUCCGAUCAAAACAACAACCGAGUUAGAGUUCGAGGAAUCCGACGUUUGGGGCGGGUCAACCCGAUCCGACCCACCCGAGUCACCAACGAGUUGGCGGAAGUCAAGGAGACCGAUAGCAGCGCCGACUCCAACAAGGAGUCAAAGUAAGUGCGUAGUAGGCGGAGAUGCGGUGUCGUUGCCGGUGAACAUUCCAGACUGGUCGAAGAUACUCCGGGAAGAGUAUAAGGCUGACAAGUGGAGUUUUGGCGGCGAGUUUGAGAGUAAUGGCGGUGGUUGUGGCGGUGAUGACGGCGGCGAUGAGUGGGUGCCGCCGCAUGAGUAUUUAGCGAGGACGAGAAUUGCGUCGUGUUCAGUUCAUGAAGGUGUUGGAAGAACGUUGAAAGGGAGAGAUCUGCAUAAGGUUAGGAAUGCGAUUUGGGAGAAAACUGGGUUUCAAGAUUAGAUUGAUUUAACAUAUUUUUUUAGAAUAUUUGAAUUUGAAUUUUUGGGAUGAGAGAGAAAAUAAUUAACCGGCGAUUUUAGAUAUAUUAUUGGAGUUGUAAGUUGAUUAAGAGUUGUAGUGUAAGAUUUAUUCUGGGAAUUUUUUUAACUUUUUCCCAGAUAUUUUUUUGGAAUUUUGUUUUUAUUUUUUGUCAUGUAGUUUUGAUGAUGAUUAUGAAAUAUGGUGGAAAAUCAUCUCACUUAAUGUAAUUUUCGAAUGGUGAUCUGCUACAUUGUGACUGGAAUUCGAUAACAGAAAGUGUUGUCAUUUUUAAUUUAGAGGAGUUUAUGAAUUGUUUUGGGUUAUUUAAUUUAA